ACAUAUCAGAAAAGUUGUUUUUAUUAGUCUUGGUUCGAAUCAAUAAUGAUAAACUGGCUAUGCAGCAGAAACAGUUUACCAUGACUAAUCUGAUGUUACUGAGAUCAUACCGCAGAUCCAUAAAGGGGUUCGAGUCUAACAUGCAUAACAACGCACAGAGGGAGGCGCUUUCCAAGAUUUAGCAAAUUGUUCCAAUUGCUUAACUUUUUAGCACGAGAGAAAACUGCAAAAAGACAAUGCAAGAAAGUAACUGACUAAUAGUAACACAGGCUUUACAGCUUAGCAAACCGUUUUUGCACAAGCAGUUGUUGUUUUAAAGUGUAACCUUUCUUAGUGGCAAAAAAUAAGGAUACCAUCUUCUAUAUGCCCACACAUGCAUCUUCAAGAACUCAACCAUCAUUUCUUUCCCACCUCCGGAAUUCAAAACCAAAUGCUAACUUCCUCUCAUUUCCUCUUCUUCUUCCUUUCCACACUCAUCUCCCUCUCCUUCACAGAUGGAACUCAAUUCAUUAUAGUAAACAAUUGCCAAGAAAGCAUAUGGCCAGGAAUUCUUGGAACUGCAGGCCAUGAAACUCCAAGAGAAGGCGGUUUCCAUCUCGCAACUGGUGAACAAACAGUUCUUGAACUUCCUGACAGAUGGUCAGGCAGAAUCUGGCCAAGACAAGGCUGCUGUUUCGAUGAAAUCACAGGCAAAGGCUCGUGUCAAACAGGAGAUUGUGCCGGUCUCUUACAAUGUAGAGGCCUUGGCGGUGUUCCGCCAGCAUCUAUAGUAGAAAUGACACUUGGAACUUUAAAUUCUGACUUGCAUUACUAUGAUGUAAGUUUGGUUGAUGGGUUUAAUGUGCCAGUUUCAAUGACGCCCAUAGGGGGCGGUCCAGGCUGCGGAGUCGCUGCCUGCGAAGCGAAUUUGAAUGUCUGUUGUCCUGAAGCAUUGGUAGUGAAGAGACAAGGGAAAGUGGUUGGUUGUAAAAGCGCAUGUUUGGCUGCUAAGAGUGAUAGGUAUUGUUGCACUGGGCAGUUUGCAGAUCCUAAAAGUUGCCAACCUACUAUUUUUGCUCAUCUUUUUAAGGCCAUUUGUCCUAGAGCUUAUAGUUUUGCUUAUGAUGAUGCUUCAGCUCUUAAGACUUGUAAGGCUCCCAGGCGGUUGCGGUGGUAGAGAGAUAGCGACAGGGAUAUAGUUGUGGUUGCCGUUGAGAAGUGAACAACCGACUAAAAUAGAGGUUGUAUAUUCAAAGAUGAGUAAGCAAGUGAAGCAAUGAAGUUUGGUUGUUGAAGUCUUGAAGAAGAGGAGAAGGAAGUAGUAAUGGUGGUGGUGGUUGUAGGAGGAGGAAGAAAGGUAGCGAAAAGCAUCGGUAAAUGGACGAAGGAGGUAGAGAGAGAUGAAGAGGAGAAAAGGUAUGGAGAAGAUUAAAACCAUUAGAGAGUCGAGGUGUAAAGUUCUAUUUGACAUGUCCUGUCACAACAUUUUUCCAUCCAUUAGUCAAAGGGAGACAGAUCACAAGGAGUUUAGUGAUGUGCUAAUUA